AUGGGACGCGGCGCUGGCUGCCCGCUGGACACAUCCCCAUUCGGGGCGGGACGGCGGUCGAGCCCGCGCCGGGUGCGCCGGCUCCGCGAGACCCAGGCCACGCUCUCGGAGCUGAGGACAGAGGGAGCCCGGCAGCCGCUGCGCCUCCUGCUUGACCCAUCCCCAUCCAACGAGGGGGCACUCCAGCAAGCCCUAGGGAGGGAGAACAACUGGGAUCUGGAACCAGAGGGGAACCUCUUCAUUGACAUCAUCUAUGGGAACGCAACCCUCUUGAACUUGGGAAAGCCCAUCUCCUGUGACCUGCUGGUCCACCUGGCUAGGGCCCUGCAGUGCCCCCAGAGAAGGUGAGACCGUGAACUCUGGAAAUCCUCAGACAAGAUCUGCUAGCAGCUCAUCUACCACCUCCCUGCAACACUGACAUCCCUGACCAAAGCUGUGUCCUGUGCCUGGUUGCUUGGUGGUCCUGAGGCCCAAGCCCUUGCUCAAUUCCUUUCUGCCUGUAUCCCACAGCAGUCUGAAGAAGAUCCUGCCAGCGCUGGUGGCUGGGGAGACCGUGGCCCUCUGUGUCCAGCUGCCGAUGCAGGACAUGUGGUACAUCGUGCACUACCUGGGCAGCCAGCGCUGAGUGCUGAGCUGUUGUCUUCGCUGCUGCCCAGCCUUUGGACACUGCCCCGCCUCUCCCAGCUGCUACUCAAUGGCAACUGACUGACGCAAGUCACCACCUGCCAGCUCACCAAGGCCAUUCAGGAUGCUGCCAAAUUCCUGGUGCUGCCCUGGGUGGAUUUGGGCAACAACCUGAACAUGGCCUCCCUGCCCCAGCCCCUGCUGGUCGACUUGCCUAGGCGGCUGGACAUGGAGUACUGAGUACAAGGGCUGGACCUGGAGUACUGAGCUUGGGGCCACCGCUGCUGCUGCCUCCCCUGGGGCUUUGCAGGUGCAGGUUUGAGGUCUGUGCUCUCAGCCUGCUGUGCCGGGUGACCCGCCGCCUGCCUACAUGAUGGAUGCUCUCAAGCCAAUAGGACAGUGGACAGCGGAAGCCUAGGAGGAUUGCCAGGGGUUAAAGAGACAGAAGAAGAAUGAGCCAGGAGGCUCAGCCCUUCUUUCAGCAGGAACGGUCCCCGCUCCACCUCACCUCUGCUGACACCCACAGGUCAGAUCUCAAAAUAAAGGGUCCCCCAUCUCAGCUUUCCUGCAUCGUGGACCCAGUAUGUCUGGAAGGUAAGGACUGACCCGCCAGCAGCACCCUGGGCAGUGCCCUGCUGGAGACCAACGGAUGCGGGUGUUGAGGGUUAUCCAUGUGGCCUGGGGAGUUAGA